GCGCGGCUGUAUGUGUGCCGGUCGUUGAUAAAUAAAUAGAAAAAAAAAUAAAAUUUGUGCCCGCUUUGUCGAUAGUGCCCGUGUUCCUUUUUCGCCGCGGUAUCUCUAGUCUAUGGUUCCGGUACGAGCCGGCCUCGAAAAGCAACUUUUGACGAACAAUACAACUUUUGACGAGUAAACAAGUGUUAGAAAAACAACUUCGGUGAAUCGUCGUGCAUCGCAGUGAAACUGUAUCGUAUAGAAAACAUUAAUGAUUUAUUAAUACGUUUCCGAAUUUAAUUCCUAAUUGUAUUUUAACAAGUAAUUAAUUAGGAAAAUCGAGUUAAUAUAUUAUUUUUCGAAUUCGAGUCAGUUCCGAUAGUCAGUGAUAAAAUUCCGGACGUUUUGAUUGUCUGCAUGAAUUUGUUCAAAGUUUCACAAAGUUUGAAAAGUUCGCCGGCGUCGGGGCAUUCCGAACAUUUCCCGAAGAAUGACAUAUUGGACGAUAGUGUAGUUAUACUGCAUUCUUUGCAAAUAGAGUGAAAAUUGCUCUACGUUUUGGGAGAAUGACAUUGUCGUUUCAGGCGGAGUCAGACCGUGAGAGCGGCGCGAGCUCGCCGGAGGGUGGCGGUGGCGGCGGUGCGCGCGCGCAGCUCGCCGAGCCGCGCUCCCCGUCGCCGCGCGCGCGCACGCCGCACCAACCGCACUUGAAUGGCUCCAUGGCAUCGAUGUUUCAAAACCUGCAAAACCUUGCCAACAUGCAGCAAAGCAUGCCCCAACAAAUGCAGCAGCAAAUGUCCCAGCAGAUGUCGCAGCUGGCUGCCAACCUCCAGGGCCUGACGUCCAUGCCAUCCAACCCUGUCAUCAACUCACCGCUCAACUUAAGUGUUAGCGCACCAGGCAUGGGCUCGCCCAACCCUGUGUCGAAUAACAACAUGCUGCCGCCUGCCAUGCCGUCUCCCAUGCCGCAGCUCAUCCUGGCUUCAGGUCAGCUCGUCCAAGGGAUACAAGGCGCGCAACUCCUCAUACCCACCUCCCAAGGCAUUGCUACGCAAACCAUCUUAACGAUCCCGGUCAACCACGUGAACUCAAACGAUCAGAUGGUUAACCUAGCCCUAAACAACGGCCAAGUCGUGUCGACGUCCCUCGCCAACCUCCAAGCGAUGGCCCAACCUCACCAGUUACUCAACUCCAACCAGCAGCAAACGCCAAACAUUCGACCAAACAUGAUGAAUCCAACGUUAUCGAACGCUUUAUUAAAUCCCGGUUUGCCAAACUUCUUGUCGAACGGAGCGGCCAAUGCGCAGGAGUUGCUGCAAGCGUUACAGCAGCAGCAGCAACCGCAAGCGAACCACAACCUCCUCCAAACGGUACAGCAGAACAACCAGCAACAUAUGCAGCAACAAAUGCCGGGAAGAAGAUCUUCGUCUCCAAGGCCCGAAAGGCAUUAUAAACGAGAGGAACGGGAAAACUACGAACGGUUCGCGGGAGCGUUAAGAGAAAGGAGUGAAAGGGAGAAUGCGGGAGCGGCAGUAUUAAACAAUAUCAAUAGGCUCGCAGCAUCCAACGGCGAGAUAACAAUCACGACGUCCCACUCCACCGCGGGCACGACCAGCAGCGCGGGGAGCGUCGGCUCCGGCCCGACAGCGUCGCCCCAUCCGCCGGUCAAACUGUCCCCUGGCUCCGUGAAGUCCCCACCGCAGGACGACGGGGACCUACUUGCUGAUUCGCCAAAUCAACCAACCAUCAGCCAAUCCUCCGGUAACGUAGUGGAUGGCAUCAACUUAGAAGACAUCAAGGAGUUCGCCAAGGCCUUCAAACUCCGGCGGCUUGGCUUAGGCCUCACGCAGACGCAGGUCGGCCAAGCCCUAUCUGUCACCGAAGGCCCCGCGUACAGUCAAAGCGCGAUAUGCAGUGCCCUGGCUUCGCAGAUGCUAGCAGCUCAGCUGUCUUCACAACAACAAAACAUAUUUGAGAAAUUGGAUAUAACUCCAAAAAGUGCGCAGAAAAUCAAACCGGUGCUUGAACGUUGGAUGAAGGAAGCCGAAGAGAGGUACGCAUCAGGGCAGAACCAUCUGACGGACUUCAUAGGGAUGGAGCCAAGUAAGAAACGUAAACGACGGACGUCCUUCACUCCUCAAGCUCUGGAACUACUGAAUGCACAUUUUGAAAGGAACACGCAUCCUUCUGGAACCGAAAUAACCGGCCUCGCCCACCAGUUAGGCUACGAGCGGGAGGUAAUUAGAAUAUGGUUCUGCAACAAGCGACAGGCGUUAAAAAACACCGUGCGAAUGAUGUCCAAAGGCAUGGUCUAAACCAAGCCUUAACAUUUAGGAUAACCAACAGAUAACUGUUAGAAUGACACUAUUAUUAUCAACAGAUUACGUUUACAUCACCGAGAAACGAAUGCCCGACACAAAACACGCAAAAAAAUGAAGUAGAAAAUUGAACCGCUAAACAAAACUGAGUUUGUAUUUACCAAGUGUGAUACUUAUAAGUUUAAUGAGCGAUAUAAUAUUUUUUUUCACGUAGUUAAGUGAAACUUGGAGCACGGUGGGAUAAAAAUUACGAGAUUGUUACCUUUUUUACCCGAUUACGGCAAAGCCAAAAGGAAGGGUUAUGAUUUUUAACGUACCUACCUAAUCAACUUUCUGUUUGAAGGUAAUUUGGAACUAAAUAUCAACAAUUAUAACUGAAAAUACCUACUGCAAUAAUAGUGCGUUCUAUUUCAAAUAUCGAUUUUUCAGCAACAUCGAUAAUAAUAAAGAGUUCCAAGAAGUGACUAUUAUUUAAAAAAAAUCUAAAAGUAAAAAAAAUGUAUAAUAAACAUAUUAUAUCACAUUAUUUGUGCCAAUUUUCGUAUCACACUUGGUAAAUCAGUAAAUAAUUUCAAAGCUUAGCCAUGGCAGCUAAGUUUUUGUGACUUUUGUCCUUCAAUAAAGCCACAAAAUUAUAAUAUGAAAAUGCAAAGACAUUUUGGUCUUUUUACAAUAAUUUGCGAUACAAUAUCAAUAGACGUGCUACGUAAAAUUCCUUUCGAAGUCAUAAACUGGCCUUAUUCGAAUCAAGAUACGAUUCCAGCCAACUUUAGUAACGUAAUACGAUUUUUUUAACAUAAUUAAAUGUAAAUUAACAUUUCGACUGAUAUAUUCGUCUCGACGUAGCUACUUUUACAAUGAUAUAUAAAUGGUAGUUUAAUAUAGGUGUUUAGUACAAAAUCAAAACUAACGAAUGGUCGUCACACUUUAAUACUCUUUACAAAUUUAUUUCAUGAAAUCAGGCGAUUGGUACUUCGUAGAAGACCUUGUAAGCGCCUUUGCAAUAAUCCGUGAAACAUGAUGAUGCCAUUGCAAAGUCUUUGCGGUUGUUUGUAAAAAAAAAUAUCUCGGCUACGUAGUUUCUGCAGAUGUAUUUGGUUUUGUUUAUGAGAUUUAUUCUAAAGAGCAAGCUGGUAGGUAUAUAAUAUUUUGGUCAGGUUGAUAGAAGUUUGACGUAUGUAUUUAUUUUCCUGCAAGCAUUUUAGGAGUGCGGAAAUUGGUCAGUUUUAAUAUUCAGACCAGUUUUUUCGCGGAUUAUUGCAAAGUAAUUUUGUAAGUUGCAUACAUAUUUGAAAAAGUUUUUCUUUUCUAUCAAAUUUAGUGAUGCGAAAUAACAUGUAUCGACUUUAUAUCGAGCAUAAUCUGUAUUAGUUUAACGCAUGAUUGGACGCUUAUCAUGACAAAUUAAUUUGGGUGGCCGAUUAAUUUUUAUUUAUAACAAUGCAUUUUGUAAAUAAGUACAACAUUUUGGAAAUUGAACUCACGGCGAUAAAAGAAUAUAGUUUAUAGAAUACAUUAAUUUAUUGAAAUACUCUGAGUUGUUUCGUUUUACAUAGCGAAUGUUGCACUUUAUAGUUUUAGGGUAAAAUAACAAUAUUAUGAAAGUAGUUAAAAUGUGUCGUCGAUCUUAGUGGCCUACUGAUUUCCUUUUGAUUAAGUAUUAGUUUCUGUUAAUAGAUAGGUUUAAAAGCGAUAUGUAUAGAAUAAUUAUAUGCAUUGUCGUAAAUUGUAAAUAUUGUUCUCGUAAUUUUAGUUUAUUAAAAUGUAUUAUUAGUUUUAUGUAAUUAUAACUGAACUAUAAGUUUAGCUUUGUAAGAUAUUUUUCUAGGUAUUUAAGUUAGAUAUUUGUUGCAAUAUAAUAUAAUUAUGAUGAUUUUUCAAAAAAUAUGCCUUCAUUUCCAUAUUUGCAGAAUACGUAUUUGUUCAAUGCAAUUUUCUAUUACAUACCUAUAACGAUACAAGUAACAGCAGGUCUGACUUGAAUCAAUAAACAAACUAGGUAUUCUGUGCAUAUUAUUUGGGUAGCUACGAAAAAACUAAUAAAAUUGCCUCGCAUUUGGAACGUAGAUUUCGAAAUAUUAUACUUAUAGAUUUUCAAAAAAAUAUAAAAUUAUUAUAUAUAUUUUAAGUGAAGGAGGUGCCCGAAAAGUAUGCACAUUUCAAAAAAAUAUAUUAAUUAUGAUUUAAUUUAAUUUGUAAUUUUGAUUAUUAAUACCUUUUCAAGUAACUGAACAUUUUCCAUAUUGUAAUUAUUCGGUUUAUGUUUGUAUAUUUACAGAUUACAUAUUUUUGUUCUUUUUCUAUUCACCGAUUACUAAAAUACCAAUAUUAUGUGUAAAUAAAUAGCCAAGACAUCUCAAUGAAGACCUGCCGUUAUUUGCAUUACCGAUAGUAAAUAAGGCUGUAAUUUAACGUAUGUUAAUGACCAAUGAAAACCAACUUGUGAUCAUUAAUAUUUGUACUGUUACCUACUACUUAACAAGAGUCGUUAAAAAAUAAUAUUAUAAAAUUGAACAUAUUUUUCGGCUGUUGAAAAAUUGUAAAUACAAUAUUAAGGAUAAUAAAAAAAACUAUUUGGAUUAAUAUUUAGGAACAAAGGGAAAAAAUAUUAUCAAAAUUUAUAUUUUCAAAAAUUAUUACAAAUGCAAAAAAUGUGUAUUUAAAAAAAGGAAUGUUUGGCCAUAAUCAAAAUUUAUCGAGUACGCAUUUUUUAUCGACUACAACACACCACUAUGCCCACAGACGAGCAGUACGGUAAACAGUGACUUAAAAAAUUGUGCGAUGCGAUGUUGUGCGUAAUGUACUUAUAAUGGAAUCAAGUGUUUCGUAUACAACUAAUUCAAUUUUUAAUCGUGUUAGAUCUAAUUGGAUACCGUAGGAUAAUAAGUAUAUACAAUAUUCUGUGUUUCACUAGAUACAAUCAGUUUAUCAAUAUCCGAUUUUAGAAUCGAUUCGAAGCAUUCGAUAGUAACCGUGCUUUAAAUAUCGAUACAUUUAAAAGGAAAACAUACGAAACAUUUGACUCCUAACAAACAUUAGCGUAAUAGAUCAGCAUAGAAUGCUAAGUACAAAUAAUUAUUUAACGAUAAACUGCUAGUCCGUUACAUAUAAAACUAUUAUAAAUUUUAUUACAAGGCAAAAUCGCGUUGCACCCUGGUUUUCAUGAUCCGCAUGUAUUUAAUAAUAAGGGUGGAAAUAUACUUAUGGCACGCGAUCUGACCCGGCUCUAUGCCACGCUUGUUAAGUCAAAUCAAAUACAAACACCUGAUGCGUCUUGGUAUCUGGUAUUUUCAGUGAGAUUCUGUACCCAUUGUAUGAGUUUUCAAAUUUUCCAAAACUAAAGUCGAUAUCGAGUUAUCGACUAUUGACUUCCCUCAAGCGCCACUAGCGAAAACUUUGCGAGUAAAAAUUGUUUACACUCAAUGCUAUCGAAACUGACGGAAGCCAUGACAGUUUCGAGUUAGUGAUGUGGAAAUUCAUACUAAGGGUAAUAGAAAAUACCGGUAUUUUUAUCAAAUGUCGUGGCAUCGUACCGGUGAUUUUACAUUUCAUCAAUGUUGAUAGAAUUUGAGCGUCAAAACACUUCAGCGUUAAAGUAAAAUGGACCUCAACCGCCUAGUUUUAAUGUUCAUAAAUGUUAACACCCAGCGCUCCAAGCUGAAACCUUGCACAAUUAAAAUUGGUGGUACUGAUUUUUUAUUUUAAAUCAAGGAGAUUUAGGUUCAUUUUACUCUGACAUUAUUAUGUUUCGACGCUUGAAUUCUAUCAUAAUUGGUGCGAUGUAAAAUCUCAUACUAAGCAAGGUUCGCGUGUUGUAAUUACUUUCCCGCCAUAAUAGUUUAAAAUACAAUUAUUAAAAGUCUACUACACAUAACUUCAUCUGUAACACAUAUUCAAACCAAACUGUAACAGUAUAUAAUAGUGUAUUAAUUUUUCUUCCUGUAAUGGUACCGAAUGGAUGACUAUGGCUGCGGGAUUAUGAAGAGAAGCAGAUUAAAGGCAGAUAACUGUUUGAA